AUGUCGAGCGACGACAGGUGGUCUGCCCAGCGCUACAACACCAAUGCCAGCUUCGUCUACUCUUCGCAGUACACAAGCCCAACACUCAACCUCCUCGCUCCUCGUCCAGGCGAACGCAUCCUCGACCUCGGAUGCGGCUCAGGAGACCUGACUAUCGACUCGCUCCUACCCGCUGUCCUGCCUGGCGGAAGUAUCGUCGGCCUCGACUCUUCCUCCUCCCUCCUCUCCAAAGCGCGCCAAAACCUCUCCUCUUCCUCCACCUCCUCCAACGACAAAUCAAGUAUCUCAUGGAUCGAGUGCGACGGCCACGACCUCGCAAGCCUGGGCAAAGACGGGCAGUUUGACGCAGUCUUCUCGAAUGCUGCGCUGCAUUGGAUGAAGCGCGAUCCGCAGAGGGUCGUGAAUGGUGUGUAUGGGUUGCUCAAACCAGGAGGACGAUUCAUAGGCGAAAUGGGCGGCGCGCUCAACAUGGUUGGAGUCCGCUCGACCCUGCAUGCUGUACUCGCCAAUCACGGAGUCGAUGCGAACAAAGUCGACCCGUGGUUCUUCCCGACGCCGGAGGUGUACCGCGCGAUAUUGGAGAAGGCGGGAUUCCGCGUCGAGAGCUGUGACCUCGUCCCGCGCCUUACGCCCCUCCCAACCGGCCUACGAGGCUGGCUCGAAACCUUCGCAUUCGCUUUCCUCGACGCCCUCCCCUCGUCCGCCGAUCGCAAAGCCGUGAUCGACGAAGUAUGCCGCCGAGUCGAGGUGGAUAUGAAGCAUGAUGUGGGCGAUGGAGGGGAGGGGAAGUGGACGGUCAUGUACGUGAGGUUGCGGUUCAAGGCGUGGAAGGAGUGA